AUGAGUUUCACUAGUUCAAUUGUGUCCCUUCUUGCCCUCUCUGGCAUGUCGCUAGUAUGUGCUUCCCCAGCAAUCAACACACUCAGAGUAAAACCAGGGGAUGUCUUUGCUGUGACUUUACAAAACAACCUUCCUGCAGGUUCUAGCUUAGAUCGUGAGUUGUACAACUAUGUGAUGGAUCCAGUAAAUGAAGCAAACAAUGAAGCCAAUGUAACGAUUGUUUUCAAUCGACUUGCCGCCAACGGCAACAUUCACCUUCCAGAGUAUGGCUUUUGGGGUUUGAGCUACAACAACCUUCACUUUCAUGGUGCCAUGUUUUCGCCAUCUCUGGAAAAUAUUGACCAAGUGGUUGAUGGAGGAGAAUCGAAAACUUACACCUUUAAAAUUCCAGAAGACGCUCAAUCUGGAGUGGUGUGGUAUCAUAAUCAUGUGCACGGCACGUCUGUGUAUUCGUACCUUGCUUCCUUGUUUGGAUUCAUGGUAAUUGAAGGCACAGAUAAUGAUAUUUCCAAUGCUCCAGGAAUUUCUGGAUCUACUGAAGUGCUGAUGCUACGUUCGGAAGGCCUUGUUAAUGAUGACAAGUCUAUACCUAUGUUUUUUCCAAUUACUGGGCAGUUCAACUGGAAUUCCGUUGCAAAUGGAAAUCUAGGACAGGAAACAACGUAUGCAUUUACUCAACAUGAAACAAUCUUCUUUCGAGUGGCAUCUGCAACAACCGAACCAACUAUUAGUCUUGUGAUCCCAAAUAUUUCCUUUGUGGUUGUUGGCUAUGAUGGUCUACCAUUGCCAGAACCAAUAGAAACUGAUACAGUUGUAGUCGGAGGCGGAGGCAGAGUGGAAUUUUUGGUACGCUUUGAUGAGCCAGGAACAUAUGAGAUGAGCUGA